AUGACUGCAAACUUCAGUGGGAACUGGAAGUUCGUAGAGUCAGAGAACUUUGACGCCUUUUUGGAGGCGUUGGGUGUGGACCCCGCUAUGCGCGAAAUAGUACAAUCCACCAUCCCGCGAGAAACCAUCAUGCAAGAUGGCGACACCUUCAACAUCAAGACCAUCGCCCAAAAGAUUACGGAGGUGAAGUUCAAGGUUGGGGAGGAGUUCGAAGGCGAGAUACAACAGGGCAAAGUGAAGAUCAGCCCGACCCUGGACGGUGGGAAGCUGCGUUUCGAGUUUGACUCGCCGAAAGGGAAACAGGUCCAGGAGCGGGAGGUCCGGCCCGACGGACGGCUGUACCUGGUGCUGACGGCACCGGAUGGGACCAAGUGUACCAGGAUCUUCGCCAGAGAGUAACGUUAUAACCAUGGCAACC